AAAUAUUUUUUCAGAGGUUAAAAAUUAAAUUUCAGAAGACUUCCUAGGACAGACAGUCUGCUGUGGAGACACGGACCCUGAGCACAUCCAACAUGAAACUUGCUCCGGUUGUUCUGUUGCUUCUGUGCUUCUGCUUAAGUUCCUGUGAGGGUAAAUAUGGAAAACGUCAGAAAAACCAGGUGACAAAGAAAUAUGAGCUCCCUUCAGCACCAGCAACCCCUCAAGAGGACCUGGUGGAUGCCAAGUGCUUACUGAAGAAAUACACACAUCGGUCCUGCAGCAAAGUUUUCUGCCAGCCAUGGGAGAAGUGUGUGGAUGGGACCUGCAUUUGCAAACUCCCCUAUCAGUGCCCCAAGGAUGGCACCUCCGUGUGUUCGACCAAUGGGAAAAGCUUCCCAACUUACUGCCACCUAAAGAGUUUUGAAUGCCUUCAUCCAGAGGCAAAGUUUUUAAAUAAUGGAACAUGCACAGCUGAAGGAGAAUUUAGUGUUUCCUUCAGUGAUAAAAGUUCAGAUUCAAGGGGAAUUGUUACAGUAAAACUUGUGGGCCAAGAUAAGAAAAUGUUCAUCUGUAAAAACAACUGGGGCAUGGUGGAAGCCAACGUGGCCUGCUUUGACCUGGGAUUUCAACAAGGCGCCCUUGAUACUCAGGGAAGGUUUUAUUACUCUGAAGAUCUCCAGAUAAACUCCACAGAAUGCUUGCAGGUGCGCUGUCAUGGAUUCGAGACCUCUUUGGCCGAGUGCGCGUUCUCCAAGCAGAGCGCUCCAGGUUACCGGGGGCUGGCCGGCGUGCUGUGUUACGCUCCAGAUGCAGAUCUCCCAGCAAGGGAGUCCUUUCGCUGUGUCAAUGGGAAGCACGUUCCUCUCGCCAGAGCCUGCAACGGGGUCAACGACUGUGGGGACCAAAGUGACGAGCUGUGCUGUAAAGGGUGCCAGCGCGGAAGUCUCCUCUGCAAGUCAGGUGUUUGCAUUCCAAACCAGCACCAAUGCAACGGUGAGGUGGACUGCAUCACAGGAGAGGAUGAAGUCGGCUGCGAAGGGUCACAUGUGGGGCGCUCCGCCUCCUCCACCUUGUCCAGGGCCUCCCAGGACGGGCUCCUACGAAAAGGAGCUGGACACCCUGAGGUUCAAGAAGAAACAGAAAUUUUGGCUGCAGAUAUGGACACAGAAAGAAAACGGAUAAAAUCACUGUUACCUAGAAUAUCCUGUGGCGUCAAAAGACCCGUGCACACUCGAAGGAAGCGAAUCGUGGGCGGGAGGCCCGCACAAGCGGGAGACUUCCCGUGGCAGGUGGCAAUUAAGGAUGGAGAUAAAAUCAACUGCGGGGGAAUUUACAUUGGUGGCUGCUGGGUUCUGACCGCUGCACACUGCGUCAGACCUAGCAGAGCUCACCAUUACCAAGUAUGGACUUCACUCUUAGACUGGAUAAAACUUAACUCGAACAUAAUUGUUGAAAGAGUGGAAAGAGUUAUUAUCCACGAAGGCUACAAUGGAACUACCUACCAAAAUGACAUUGCUUUGAUUGAAAUAAAAAAACGUUCCAGCCAGAAAGAAUGUGUGUUCUCUAAUUCCAUCCCUGCCUGUGUCCCCUGGUCUCCAUAUCUAUUCCAGCCUAAGGACAGCUGCAUCAUUUCUGGCUGGGGUCGAGAAAAAGAUAACCAAAAAGUCUACUCGCUCAGGUGGGGUGAAGUUAACCUGAUAAGCAACUGCUCUCAGUUCUACCAGAAUCGCUACUAUGAGAAAGAGAUGGAAUGUGCAGGUACGGCUGAUGGUUCCAUUGAUGCCUGUAAAGGGGACUCUGGGGGCCCCCUCGUCUGCGUGGAUGCCAGCAAUGUGACUUACGUUUGGGGCAUUGUGAGCUGGGGUGAAAACUGUGGAAAGCCAGAGUUCCCAGGAGUUUACACCAAAGUGGCCAAUUAUUUUGACUGGAUUAGCUAUCAUGUGGGAAGGCCUCUUAUUUCUCAGCACAAUAUCUGAAAUUGUGAUCUUUCUAGCAGAAGUUUCAUUUUAGUGAAAAUGAAACAAAUUUUACUCCAUACAGAGUGUGUAUUAUUAAAGUUCUCAUCAAAAGGUUUGCUAUACUGGAAUUUUGCUGUGUAAUUUGCAAGUAAAUAUUUUGGUCAAGCA